AUCCGCCUCCAUUUUGGCGCUUGUCGGGUUUUUAGAGUCUCCAUUUUGUAGCUAGAGUGUGUUGUGGAGACUUAGUAGUAGGGCUAACUUGAACCUGUCUUAAUAUAAAACAAAAAAACACUUUCGUAAAGGGAACCAAGACACCUGACGAAGAACUCCGUUAGAAGCUCUGGCGUCAGUGACGCAGGGUUACCAGGACAUCAAGAUGGCAGCACCCUCGGCAUCCAAAGUUGUACUAAAAAGUACCACCAAGCUGUCCCUAAAUGAGCGCUUUACUAACAUGCUGAAGAACAAACAGCCGAUGCCGGUGAAUAUCCGAGCCACGAUGCAGCAGCAGCACUUGGCAAGUGCCAGAAACAGAAGAUUGGCUCAGCAAAUGGAGAACAGACCUUCUGUGCAGGCUGCGCUGAAACUGAAGCAGAGCUUAAAGCAGCGCCUUGGUAAAAGUAACAUACAGGCCAGAUUAGGAAGGCCCGUGGGAGGCCUUCCACGUGGAGCCAUUGGACUGCGAGGGGCAGGUAUGGGACUCCGUGGCUCACAAAGAGGUAUGAUGAGGAUAGGCCGUGGAGGCAGGGGACUACCCAGAGGUGCUAUGAGAGGGCAAAAUCUGAGAGGACGAGGUGGUGUCCCAAGAAUGGGACUGAGGAGAGGAAUUAGAGGUCGUGCAGGUGUUGGCCGUGGACUAAGAGGAGGUUCUAUGGGUCGUGGUGGUAUGGGUGGAAGAGGCCGUGGGGGCAUGUUGGCUCGAGGAAGAGGUGGUUUUAGCAGAGGACGUGGCAGAGGAAGGGGGUCAACACGUCCUGCAUUAACCAGAGAACAGCUUGAUAACCAACUUGAUGCUUAUAUGUCAAAGACAAAAGGUCACCUUGAUGCAGAACUGGAUGCCUACAUGGCUCAGGCUGAUUCAGAAGCCAAUGACUGAUCUGAUAUUGCAAAGUUUUUUUAUUUAUGGACUUGCACCAGCGUUCACCUGAACUCAAAAUAGCCUGGUUACUGAAUCCAACUUGUUUUUACGGUUCCUUUCAUGUUUUGAUACUUAGUAAAACAAUGAGAAUUUUUUUUUCUUACUGUUGAAUGUAUAAGACAGAUAUAUCCUGCCAUUCUCCCAGAUAGCACUCAUUAAAUCUGUUCCUGUGCCAUACCACUGGAUGUUGCUGCAGGGUCCAACACCUUGUUUUCCACCAUUUAAUCUUUCUUAUGCAAACAGGACAUAUGAUGGACUUGAUGAUUUCCAUUUAUUUUUAACUCUACUAGUUUUAUUAGUUUUUUUUUGUUUUUAUUUUUUUUGGAUUAAAACCUUCUGCGGCAUCCAUCAUGCAAUCUGGAGUGUUAAGAAUUGGCUUUAUGUUGACAUUUUGACAAGCUUUCUAAAUUGUGGGUCUUCAGUAGAUGUAGGCUGAAGCUUGCUGAUUUGUGAUUUAAACUGUAAAUAUUAAAACUUUUACAGUCAA